AUGGUCUUGCCGCUGAAGAGGGCUGCGGUGACGGGAGCCAGGAUCUGGAGGUGGUCCCGCCUCUUCUCAUCAAGGCGUGUCACGGAGGAGGGCAUCGUCAUCCAUGAGGAGAGCCCCUAUCACGGCUCGAUGCACUUGGUUUGGGGCAGUAUUCUCUGGGAUGCCGGCUUGGCCCUGUCGAAGUUCUUGACCUUCGAGGCUGAGAGGGAGCAGGGCCGUCGAUUUACCGGACUGCGCGUUCUGGAACUUGGUGCAGGAACUGGGGUCGUUGGGCUCACGCUAGCGAAGUAUGGAGCGAAAGUGACCCUCACGGAUUGCGAGCCGGAGCUAUUGACGCUUCUACGGCGGAACGCGGAGGCGAACGGCGCAAGGUGGCUGGCUCCGUGCAGUUUCACGACCUGCAUUGGGGCGAUCGGUCUACGUACCUCACGGCCCCCUACGAUCUGA